GGGAAGCGAGCCCGCCGGGAGCUGGCGGGGGCUGUUCACGCCAAGGGCCACAGCGGCCGCGCUCCAGCCUCGCUCAGCCGCUGCACGCCUCGCGGGGCCCGCGGGGCCAGCCCGGCCGGGCGGGGAUGCCGGGCCUGGGGCGGAGGGCGCAGUGGCUGUGCUGGUGGUGGGGGCUGCUGUGCAGCUGCUGCGGGCCACCGUCGCUGCGGCCGCCCCUGCCCGCCGCCGCCGCCGCCGCCGCCGGGGGGGCGCUGCUGGGGGACGGCGGGAGCCCGGGCCACGCGGAGCAGCCGCCCCCGCCGCAGACCUCUUCCUCCGGUUUCCUCUACCGGCGGCUCAAGACGCACGAGAAACGGGAGAUGCAGAAGGAGAUCCUCUCGGUGCUGGGGCUCCCGCACCGGCCCCGGCCCCUGCAUGGCCUCCAGCAGCCGCAGCCCCCUGCGCUCCCGCAGCAGCAGCAGACUCACGGGGAGCCCCCGCCCGGGCGGCUGAAGUCUGCGCCCCUCUUCAUGCUGGACCUGUACAACGCCCUGUCCGCCGACGACGAAGAGGACCUGGCUUCGGACAAGGAGAUGGGGCAGCCCGGGCUGCGCGGAGGGACUGGCUCGUCCCCGCCUCGGCAGCCGCCCCCUCGCGCCGCGCAUCCCCUCGGCAGCAGGAGCCUCCUGGCCGCCGGACCUGGUGGCAGCGCUUCCCCACUGACCAGCGCGCAGGAGAGCGCCUUCCUCAACGACGCCGACAUGGUCAUGAGCUUUGUGAACCUGGUGGAGUACGACAAGGAGCUCUCCCCUCGCCAGCGACACCACAAAGAGUUCAAGUUCAACCUGUCCCAGGUUCCUGAGGGCGAGGCGGUGACGGCUGCAGAAUUCCGAAUCUACAAGGACUGUGUUGUGGGCAGUUUUAAAAACCAAACUUUUCUUAUCAGCAUUUAUCAAGUCUUACAGCAGCGUCAACACAGAGACUCUGACCUGUUUCUGUUGGACACCCGCGUCGUGUGGGCCUCGGAGGAGGGCUGGCUGGAAUUUGACAUCACGGCCACCAGCAACCUGUGGGUCCUGACCCCGCAGCACAACCUGGGGCUGCAGCUGGGCGUGGUGACGCAGGACGGGCUCAGCAUCAGCCCCCGAGCCGCGGGCCUGGUGGGCCGGGACGGCCCCUACGACAAGCAGCCCUUCAUGGUGGCCUUCUUCAAGGUGAGCGAGGUCCACGUGCGCACCGCCAGGUCGGCCACCGGGCGGCGGCGACAGCAGAGCCGCAACCGCUCCACGCAGGCCCAGGACGUGUCGCGGGCCUCCAGCGCCUCAGAUUAUAACAGCAGUGAGCUGAAGACGGCCUGCAGGAAGCACGAGCUCUACGUCAGCUUCCAGGACCUGGGCUGGCAGGACUGGAUCAUCGCACCCAAGGGCUACGCGGCCAAUUACUGUGACGGGGAGUGCUCCUUCCCUCUCAACGCGCACAUGAACGCCACCAACCACGCCAUCGUGCAGACCCUGGUUCACCUGAUGAAUCCUGAGUAUGUCCCCAAGCCGUGCUGCGCGCCCACGAAGCUCAACGCCAUCUCGGUUCUUUACUUUGAUGACAACUCCAACGUCAUCCUGAAAAAGUACAGGAAUAUGGUCGUAAGAGCUUGUGGAUGCCACUAA